GAGUCUCCCCGGGGAGGGCGGAGGGCGGCGGGCGGCGGGCGGCGGGGACCGGGUGCGGUGGUGGCUGCGGCGGCGGCGGCGGGAGCAGCAUGGAUUGGGGCACUGAGCUGUGGGAUCAGUUCGAGGUGCUCGAGCGCCACACGCAGUGGGGGCUGGACCUGUUGGACAGAUAUGUAAAGUUCGUGAAAGAACGCACCGAAGUGGAACAGGCUUACGCCAAACAACUGCGGAGCCUGGUGAAAAAAUAUCUGCCCAAGAGACCUGCCAAGGAUGAUCCUGAGUCCAAAUUCAGCCAGCAACAGUCCUUCGUACAGAUUCUCCAGGAGGUGAAUGACUUUGCAGGCCAGCGGGAGCUGGUGGCUGAGAACCUCAGUGUCCGUGUAUGUCUUGAGCUGACCAAGUACUCACAAGAGAUGAAACAGGAGAGGAAGAUGCACUUCCAAGAAGGGCGGCGGGCCCAGCAGCAGCUGGAAAAUGGCUUCAAACAGCUGGAGAAUAGUAAGCGUAAAUUUGAGCGGGACUGUCGGGAGGCAGAGAAGGCAGCCCAGACUGCUGAACGGCUAGACCAGGAUAUCAACGCCACCAAGGCUGAUGUGGAGAAGGCCAAGCAGCAAGCCCACCUUCGGAGUCAUAUGGCCGAAGAAAGCAAAAACGAAUAUGCGGCUCAACUGCAGCGCUUCAACCGAGACCAAGCCCACUUCUAUUUUUCACAGAUGCCCCAGAUAUUCGAUAAGCUCCAAGACAUGGAUGAACGCAGGGCCACCCGCCUGGGUGCCGGGUAUGGGCUCCUGUCGGAGGCCGAGCUGGAGGUGGUGCCCAUCAUAGCCAAGUGCUUGGAGGGCAUGAAGGUGGCUGCAAAUGCUGUGGAUCCCAAGAACGACUCCCACGUCCUUAUAGAGCUGCACAAGUCAGGUUUUGCCCGCCCGGGCGAUGUGGAAUUCGAGGACUUCAGCCAGCCCAUGAACCGGGCACCCUCUGACAGCAGUCUGGGCACCCCCUCGGAUGGACGGCCUGAACUCCGAGGCCCGGGCCGCAGCCGCACCAAGCGCUGGCCUUUUGGCAAGAAGAACAAGCCUCGCCCCCCACCCCUCUCCCCCCUGGGGGGCCCCGUACCCUCGGCAUUGCCUAACGGACCCCCGUCCCCCCGCUCCGGCCGUGACCCCUUGGCCAUACUGAGCGAGAUCAGUAAGUCGGUCAAACCGAGGCUAGCAUCCUUCCGCAGCCUUCGAGGCAGCCGUGGGACAGUGGUGACCGAGGAUUUUAGCCACUUGCCCCCAGAGCAGCAGCGAAAACGGCUUCAACAGCAGUUGGAAGAACGCAGUCGUGAACUUCAGAAGGAGGUUGACCAGAGGGAAGCCCUAAAGAAAAUGAAGGAUGUCUAUGAGAAGACACCUCAGAUGGGGGACCCCGCCAGCUUGGAGCCCCAGAUCGCUGAAACCCUGAGCAACAUUGAACGGCUGAAAUUGGAAGUGCAGAAGUAUGAGGCGUGGCUGGCAGAAGCUGAAAGUCGAGUCCUUAGCAACCGGGGAGACAGCCUGAGCCGGCACGCCCGGCCUCCCGACCCCCCCGCUAGCGCCCCGCCAGACAGCAGCAGCAACAGCGCAUCACAGGACACCAAGGAGAGCUCUGAAGAGCCUCCCUCAGAAGAGAGCCAGGACACCCCCAUUUACACGGAGUUUGAUGAGGAUUUCGAGGAGGAACCCACAUCCCCCAUAGGUCACUGUGUGGCCAUCUACCACUUUGAAGGGUCCAGCGAGGGCACUAUCUCUAUGGCCGAGGGUGAAGACCUCAGUCUUAUGGAAGAAGACAAAGGGGACGGCUGGACCCGGGUCAGGCGGAAAGAGGGAGGCGAGGGCUACGUGCCCACCUCCUACCUCCGAGUCACGCUCAAUUGAACCCUGCCAGAGACGGGAAGAGGGGGGCUGUCGGCUGCUGCUUCUGGGCCACGGGGGGCCCCAGGACCUAUGCACUUUAUUUCUGACCCCGUGGCUUCGGCUGAGACCUGUGUUAACCUGCUGCCCCCUCCACCCCCAACCCAAUCCUACCUGUCACACCGGACGGACCCGCUGUGCCUUCUACCAUCGUUCCACCAUUGAUGUACAUACUCAUGUUUUACAUCUUUUCGUUCUGCCGCUCGGCUCCAGCCAUUUUGUUUUAUACAAAAAUGGAAAAAAAAAAAGAAAUUAUAUAAA